AUGAGGCGGAUCAAGGCCCUGAAGGUUCUUCAACAUGGGAAAAUUCCAACAGACAUCACCACUCAACAAGCUCAACGAUCACUGACAUCCAGUACUGGAUCUCAAGUAUCUCAAGGUAACCUGGAGGUUUUGGAGAGCGGCCUGUUUCAUGAAGGCAUGAGAAGGCAUGGUGCUAAGGGACCCUUGGGGUUGUCUGACACUCGGAUCCGGGCCGGACAGACUGAUUCUGUCGGUACAGAGCUGACUGCAGCAGCUCUGCAUGACCCUCAGAUUGAUCGCCACCGUGAGACUUACUCGUCGCCGCUGAAGGGUAUCCUAGCCCGCACUCAAUGCCGGUCCGCAAUCACUCAAGGCCCGCCCUCACUCCCGUCGUCGUCACUCCCGUCGUUCUCUCUCUCCCGUCACACUCUCUUUCCUGUCGCGCUCGCACUCCCGUCGCUCUCUCACACCCGUCGCGCUCUCACUCCCGUCGCGCUCUCACUCAGGUCGCGCUCUCACUCCCGUCGCUCUCUCACUCUCGUCCCGCUCUCACUCCCGUCGCUCUCUCUUUCCGGCGCGCUCUCACUCUCGUCGCUCUCUCGCUCCCGUCGCGCUCAUUCUACCGUCGCUCUCUCACUUCUUUGCGCUCUCACUCCCGUCGCUCUCUCACUCCCGCCGCGCUCUCAUCUCCCGUCGCUCUUCCCCCUCCCUACGCGCUGCUCCCCCCUCCCUACGCGCUGCUCCCCCCUACGCGCUGCUCCCCCCUCCCUACGCGCUGCUCCCCCCUCCCUACGCGCUGCUCCCCCCUACGCGCUGCUCUCCUCUCCCUACGCGCUGCUCCCCCCUCCCUACGCGCUGCGACCCCUCCCUACGCGCAGCUUCCCCCUCCCUACGCGCUGCUCCCCCCUCCCUACGCGCUGCUCCCCCCUACGCGCUGCUCCCCCCUCCCUACGCGCUGCUGCCCCUGACCGCCGCGUUGCCUUCCCCUGA